AUGUAUAUCUUAAGUCCUACUUCGGACUAUGAGUGGCAAGACAGGCAUCCACGUUAUGGGGCGGAGGUAUUCAACAAGACAUGGACUAGAUUAGACCCAGUAAAUUUAAUGUACCAUGAUUUCAAUAACACAGGUUUCUGUGGAAAACAUGGAAUGCUUGGAUAUGAACCGCCAAAAAUAAAGGUUAAAGGAGUAAAUGGUGGACAAUACAAAAUCAGCCCUGGGCGAGAUGAGACAUGGGGAGUUAACAAGCAAUUUGGGCCCUUUUUAUGGAAUAAUGGAACUCCCAAGGCCUUGCCCCACAACAUCUUUUUGAUAUGCAGCGACAGGGCAUGGCAGGGAAUACCCGCUAACGUAAUAGGAGGUCCAUGUUAUAUUGGAAAACUAACAUUAUUUGCGCCUAAAAUGGCAGAUGUCAUAAAAAUUGCGAAACAAGAAAUCAAAAAACGUCGCAAGAGAGCAGUCUCGCAAUUAGACCCAGACUGCAAUGAUGAGGUGGACUUAUGGUCCUCCACAGCUAAUAUUUUUUCUACCUUACUAACACCAUGGAUUACUAUAGGCCACAAUUCGAGGUUAAUAGCGAGAUUGGCAUGCUGGUCGGUAAAGCAAGCCAAUGUUACUACUAAUGUUUUAGAGCAAUUACUAAUGGAUCAAAAUAGCCUUAGGCAUGCGCUGUUACAGAAUAGAGCUGCUAUUGAUUUUCUUUUACUAGCUCAAGGUCAUGGAUGUGAACAGUCUGAAGGCAUGUGUUGUUUUAACCUUUCGGAUCAUAGCCAAUCUAUACAUGGGGAACUAAAAUGGUUGAGGGAACAUACUCAAAAGAUUAAGCAGAAUGAUGACCCACUAGGGGACUGGUUAAGAGGAUUAGGAAUAACAGGGUGGAUGAAGCAGUUAUUAAUGGAAGGCUGUCGAUUGCUAGUUAUUUUGAUUAUAAUAAUAAUUGCUGUAAGAUUAAUAAUCGCAUGUGUUAUGAAAGCAACUACGCGGUCUCAAGCACUUCCUGUACAAGAGAAAAAAGGGGGAAUUGUGGAAGGAUGGCUGCAUGAAGCAGGCCAUGGAAAUUUACUGGACUUGUUUGAAAUAUCUGAAGAAAGUUGCAAGAUCACCCUCACCGCUGAAGCACCAAUCAAGGACAAGGACACAGCGACCUUCAUCUAAAGUUAACUUAGAAAAGCAGAACAAAGCACACAAGAAUAAGGAACUACUAACCAAAAACAGGAUAUAGGGGCGUACUAGGGGCGGACUAAAAAAUGCGCUAAGCGGCCAAUUAGCAUAUCCAUAGCUUGAUAAUUAGCAUAGAAUACGCCUGCUUGCUCUCUGCUUGCUCUAUAUAAACCGUGCUGUAACUCAAUAAAGUUGAACUUGCUUUAUCAAUCAUA